AUGAUCUCAGAAAAAAGCAACCCGAUUAACUCACAAUCCGAACUACCCGCCGAAACCCAACUCAAUUGCGGGCCGUUUGAAUUCACCAUUCCAUCCUUCAUUUUUUCCCUUUCUUCCACAGGACCAGGUGGUGCUGGACUUCAGUUUGUGAAGCACAAGAUCGAGUCACUGGACAAGGAGAGCAUGUCCAUGAGCUACACUGUGAUAGAAGGCGAUCCAAUGCUCGCGAAGGCCGAGGCGAUCGCCGUCGAGCUGAGGGUGGAGGCAGCAGCUGAUGGAGGUUCCAAAGGGGAGCACAUCACCACUGUGACUCCAAAGCCUGGAGUGGAGGUCAAGGCAGAGGAAGCCAUGGCUGGGAAAGGAAUGGCUAUGGCUGUUCUCAAUGCUGUCGAUGCUUACCUCGUUAACAAUCCUCAAGCUUAUGCCUAG